AUGCAACAAGCUCAUCGUGCUGGAAAUUUAAAACAGAGCAACAAAGCUCACAAAUCAAGACAUAGAUCUAAACGGGGAAUAUCGGCUGCUGUUAAAGGUAAAGUAAACUUAAAAGAGUUUGUGCGUCGUAAUCGCCAUGUGUUGAAAAAACAGGAGCGUCGUCACCAAGCGAUGCAAAUACGUAAAAAUGAGCGCGAGGAAGUGUUGGCCAAAAAACGUGCUCUCGGUGGUACCCGGACUCCUCCGUUCCUUGUUUGUGUAGUUCCGUUGAACGCACAACUGGAUGUUCAAUCCGCUCUAGUUAUUUUAAAGACUUGUUCGGAAUCGGCCGUCGUUAGCCAAUCAGAAAAUGGCAUUUUACAUAUUGGUUUACCAAACUUUAAACAACGCUUUUCUUUCAUUUGUCCUGAAGUUGGCAAUGAAUUCAGUUUAUUAGAUGCGCUUAAGGUCUCAGAUACAGUGCUCUUUGUAAGUUCAACAUUAGAUGAGCCUGUUGACGAAUGGGGUGAAAAGGCGCUGGCUCUGACAAUGGCUCAAGGUAUACCAACACCAGUUGUCGUUGCCAUGGAUAUUGAAGGGGUUCAUCCUAAGAAACGGACCACUGAGAAACAAAAUGUGCAAAAGCUUAUUUCUAAGUGGCUACCAGAAGAAAAAGUGCUACAGUUAGAUAAAAGUUCUGAUGGCCUGAAUGUCUUACGCAGAAUCGGUAAUCAAAAGCGUAAGAUAAUACACCACAGAGAGAAGAGACCAUACAUGUUAGCUGAGCAAGUAGAAUAUGUACCGGAUCCUGAGGGAGACAUGGGAACUCUUAAGGUUAGUGGAUACUUGCGAGGAAUGCCUCUGAAUGUCAAUGGUUUAAUCCAUAUAACAGGGCUUGGUGAUUUUCAAAUGUCCAAAAUAGAAGGUCUUGAUGACCCACACCCUCUUAAUCUAGGCAGGGAAAAUUCGAAAUUUGAAACUAUGGAGGCUGAAGUGACUAAAACAGUCCUGCAAGUUGCAGAUCCCUCAAAGCAGGAAAGUUUGUUAUCAGAAAAUAUUCCUGAUCCAAUGGACGCUGAGCAAACCUGGCCAACGGAAGAAGAAAUAGAACAAGCCAAUUUAGAUACGAAAAAGAAAAUUAAAAAGGUUCCAAAAGGUUGGUCAGAUUAUCAAGCAGCUUGGAUUGUGGAGUCUGAUGCUGAGGACGAUGGCGAUGAUGAAAAUAGCGAUAAUGAUGAUGAAAAUGACGAAUUCAUGUCUUGCGAAGAUGAGAAUUCUGAACAAGAAGAAAAGGAAGAGAUUAAUGAUUUUCAGUCGGUCACCGAAUCUGAAAUUGGGCCCACUGAUGAAAAGUACGAUGGUACUAUAGACGCGAUAGAAGAACACGAGAUGUUACAGAAGUUAGCAGCAGCUAAAGAAGAACAACAGUUUCCCGACGAAGUGGAUACCCCACAGGAUGUACCUGCGAGGGAGCGCUUUAUGAGGUACAGGGGUUUGGAAUCAUUCAGGACCUCAACUUGGGAUUGCAAAGAGAAUUUACCACAAGAUUAUGCUCGUAUUUUCCAAUUUGAAAAUUACGAACGUACAAGAAAGCGAGUCUUCAAAGAGUUGGAAGAUAGUUUAAUCAACAUGUAUGGAUUCUAUAUAACAAUACACGUCAAAGAUGUACGGAAGGACCUCUGGAGUGCAUUCCGCUCGUCCAAUGAGAAUGCCCCCUUGGCCGUGUUUGGCCUCCUCCCCCACGAGCAUAAGAUGUCGGUGAUGAACGUGGUCUUGAAGCGCACUGGAGCUAGCAGUGAACCGAUCAAGAGCAAAGAGCGGCUAAUCUUCCAAAUGGGGUACAGGCGAUUCAUUGUGAAUCCCAUUUUCAGCCAGCACACUAAUGGAAGUAAACAUAAGUACGAAAGGUUUUUCCAACCGGCUUCGACCUGCGUCGCGACUUUCUUCGCGCCCAUACAGUUCAGUCCGUCGUCAGUUCUCUGUUUUAAGGAGAAAAGGAAUACUAAAUUGCAACUGAUUGCAUCUGGUGUACUGCUGUCCUGCAACCCCGACAGGCUUAUAAUCAAGAGAAUUGUUCUUUCGGGACAUCCAUACAAGGUGAACAGAAGAUCGGCGGUGAUACGGUUUAUGUUCUUCAAUAGGGAUGAUGUCCUUUAUUACAAGCCGUGCAAGCUCAGGACGAAGUAUGGACGCACUGGUCAUAUUAAGGAGCCCUUAGGUACCCACGGCCACAUGAAAUGCGUGUUCGAUGACCAGCUCAAAUCCCAGGAUACAGUUUUAUUGAACCUGUACAAACGUAUGUUCCCCAAAUGGAACUAUGAGAACUGUAUUGCUAUCGAUCAGGAUCGUAGGGAAAGCGACAACAUGGAAUCA